CAUUUAAAGAAAGGUGUCAGUUCAUUAAUAGUCUUGCUCCAAAAUGUUCAAACAAUCGAUAUAUUGCAGCUGUAGGAGGCGGAUCCACACUUCCAGCACCACAUGGAUGAAGUUUGGGGCCGAUUUGGGGAACCAAAGAGGUCCAGCAACCGGUGGAGGCUCACCGCUUGAUGAAUUGUUAAAGAGAAGUAACUCCGUUGCAGGAAAUGGAUGGGAUAAUAAAGAUAUCCCACAGGGUAGAUCCAAUAUCCUGACUUCAUCCAGAUCACUGAGUCAACCUUCAUUUAAUCGGUUUGCCACCCAGUUUGAGAAAAAAAAUGCAAGACCAAGUAGAGGAGCUGCACCAUCAGCAUCAUCAAGUAAAGGAUCGGGGUCUUCUUUAUCUGGAGUACCCAAAUUGAAGCAUGGGAAGUCAGACCAACAUCAACGUCGUCAUUCAGGACCACUACAACCCAAAAAACCGUUAUUCCAAUUCAAUUCAGGAACUGAACAAGCCAAAGAGGCGGUGAAAUCAGUCAUUGAUGCAGUUCAUACUGUCAAUGGAGGUAGUUAUACAGUCAAGUUUCUUGACCCUGAAACAAAGAAAUUGAAUCAAAUCCAUCUUUCCAAAGUAAUCAAUGAUUUGAAUUUGGAUACACAAGGGUUGAUGGUGAUUCCAACUUCAAACAAUACCGAGGACAGGACUCCACUUGUUAGAGUGACAGGGAUUUCACAAAUGAUGAAGAAAUUCUCUGAUGAUAAGGCUGCCGUAAGAGAAAAGAAGCUUUUAGAAAUGGGGAGUAGAGCUGCCAACCGAUCAUUCCAACUGAGAGAACGUGCAGAGAAAAAGAAAUCCGCUACCAAGGUGAUUACCAUUUCCUGGAAGAUCAGUUUUGGAGAUUUGGAAAAUCAAAAGACAAGAGAAAUCCAAAAACGGAUAGAAAAGGGAGAAAACUUUGUUAUUUUCGUUGGUGAUAGAUAUAGUUUCAACCUGGCCCGGAGAACUGCCGAUAAAUCUGGAGGAUUAGCACGGGAAAAGGCUACUGAAAGUGAAUCCAAUGAAGACUCUACCACUGGCCAUGAAGACAAUUCACUUUAUAUUGAAGAAAGCUUAGAUGCUAUCACUCGUGCUAGAAGAGAGAAAAUCAUUACAGAACUUAAAGAUAUUCUCGCUGAACUGGUGGGGAAAGUUGAAGUUAGUGGGAGACUCGAUCAAAGAAUCGUAAUGACUUGUUCAAACAUUAAACUUGCCGUUAAACCAAGCGCUUCACCUUCCAAGGGAUCGUCUGAAGGAUCUGAACUUUCUCCAAAGGAACAAAGAAGAUUAAAGAAACUUGAGAAGCAAAACAAAAAGCAACAAAAAGUUGUAUCAGAGGAGGAUUUGGAUCUGUUGUAUCAAUUGAAAUUGUAACACAAGAAAAAAAACACAUACCCAUGUAUAUAGGAAAUAUUUAUUAACACGUAGACCGUUUUUAUUUCAACAAUGUAGUGGAUCUAUAAAUAUAUAUGUAUA